UUUCUCUGCGAAUGACAAUAAUUUCUGUAAAAUCAUGGUGACUGCUUUGAAAACUCGUCAAGUAUUCACUUUCAUUGUGACAUGGUUAUCUUACGCCUCUACAUAUCUUCUUCGGAAGCCUCUUGGUGUUAUCAAACCAGACUUAGAAAAAACUCUUCAUUUGAAGAAGUCUGAAAUGGGAUGGCUUGAUGCUUCCUUGCUCUUCCCUUACGCUGUCAUGCAAAUGCUGCUUGGAGGUUUAGGAGAUAAAAUUGGUGCAAGAAAAGCUUUGACUAUUUGUUUAAUUGGUUCAGCCUUUUCAAUGAUCACAUUUGGCUAUUGGCAACAUGUAUUAAUGCUUUCUCUUUUACUUUUCUUAAAUGGAACAUUUCAAGCAAAUGCCUGGCCAAACUGUGUGAAAUGCCUUAGUUCAUGGUACUCAGAUGAACAUCGAGCAUCUAUAUUUGGUUUAUGGGGAACAUGUACCUUUGCAGGAGGAAUUAUUGGCACUUCAUUAGCUGUUUAUUUACAAUCUGUUUAUUCACCUGAUCUUAAAAUGAUUUUCAUAACACCAUCCUUGAUUUUACUUUCUAUUGGUAUAUUGGUAUUUUUAACAAUGAAAAUGCCUUCUGAACUAAAUAUUACAAUCCCAGGAAAAGAAGAACUGACUGGCUCAACCUCAAAAAGUGAUAAAAUUUUAGGUUUUUCAGAAGUUAUACGUCUCAAUCUUGUUCCAGAACUAGUGGUGACUGUUAUUUGUGUUAAAUUAGUCCGGUAUUGUCUAUAUAUGUGGCUACCAAUGUAUCUUCAUGAGGCUCUGAAAUACAGUAAAGCACAAGCAGGAAUGCUGUCAACAACAUUUGAAAUUGGUGGAGUCUUAGGAUCUGCCUUAAUUGGUGUUUUUAUCAAUAAAGUAUUAAAUGGUCAUGUUCUGUAUGGAUGUUCUUUGUCUUUGUUCCUAAGUGCUAUGGCCCUUGUUGCUUUUCAAAUAACAAGCACUUGGGGUAUAAUCUUCAACAUAACCUCCAUGUUAAUUGCUGGUGUAUGUAACUGUGGACCUGAUCCUCUUUUAACUGGUUCAAUACCAGCAAAAAUUGGAGAGAAAGUAAAUGCUCAGGCUGCUGUAGCAGGUGUUGUUAAUGGUUUUGGUGGUGCUGGAGCUAUUGUGGAAGGUCCAUUAAUUGGUUUGAUAGUUGAUUAUUAUGGAUGGUCUGGAGCAUUUUAUUUCAUGGUUCUUCUAUCAAUUCUGGCAACCUUUUCGAUAUUAAAGGCGUCACGUAAUACAGCAACAUGAUUGAUGAUUCAAUUAGUUUAGAACAAGAUCCUGCAACGAUUUGUACGAAUCUCUACCAAAAACUUUUUUAUUUCUCUAUGGUUUGCAAAUGUUGCGAGUUUGUUUCUCACGUUUGAAGUUUGGCUUCAACACUGCAGUUAGCAAAUCUGAGUUUCAUUUGUUAACCAAGUUAGCAAGCGAAACUCGGAAACUCUUACAUUUCGAGUCGUAUAUCGUUGGUUGACGACAACAAUUUGCAGUUCACGACAGGGUUUUGCAAUCAGUCUUUGCGAACUUCCCCUACGGCUACGGCUACGAGUACCGUUUGCUCUAUUUACAGUAUGUAAUUACCAUAAUUUUACAAGUGUGGAAUCAACUAUCAAGGUUAUGAUUAUUAAUAAGCAGUUGAACGCGAUGUCGUCAUGACACAAAUCUGAUAUCAUGUGUUGAAACUGGCCACAACAUAACUUGCAUGGGCAUAAAUUUCAUUACGCUGGUGGAAAUAGAUAUUUGGAGCUGUAGAAACUAGAAAGAACAAGUAAUUAGAAAAUGAGCGGUGUAAAUUGAGGUAAUUCUUUGCGCAGUUUAAUUAAUAAUAAUUGCCGGUGUCGAAUUUUGACGAGAUUUGCCAUGCAGAAUAGAACCUCAACCGAAUCACAGAUGAGCUAUAUAUCUCAUCUGUGCCGUAUUUAUCCUCGAAAGAUAAAUUUGACACAAAAAGAUUCCCCCAAGAAAUAGACGAGAAGCCAGUACUGUAUCAAUAUUGUUAGAAUUUUUAACAUUUUUGUUUUUUUGUUUUGUUUUUUUCAUGGACGCAUUUUUCACAGCGAAUUUCGUCAAAAUUCGACACCAAAUUCUAAUUCGUCAAUGAAUUGCAGGAUAAUCUUGACCUAGGAACAUUUUGGUGAAUGUAGUCACAGAAGAGAAUGACCAGUCGGAAAAAAUUUACAUAAACUGCACAUUCCUUAAUUAUUACUAGGGAUUAAAUACGGUUUGCCAAUAGACGUAGCUAGCCAGUUAGUAUUAGAAGUGCAAACAUUUCGGUGAUACUAAGCUUAUAAUUGUUGACACUACCUUGUGCACUCUCAGAGUAGAAUUUAAGUGAGAAAAAAGAUGCAAAUCCUAUUUAAAUCUUUUUUAUAGCAAUGAUAGUGUCGCAUAUCAUAGGAAUAUGUGCUUGUCUGGAAGAACAUAAUAAUGUACAUGCAAUAUAUUUAAUACGACAACAAUACACAUG